UUGAACAACAUUCAACCCAAGUGACGUUGGGUGCAUAAAAUUAACAAACAUGGAUGAAUUUUAGGCCCUAAGUAAUAUCUCCUUAUCCUUCUGGAACAUGCCAAAAUUAUUGUGAAAUUAAUUUCUUGAACCAAUUAUGAGAUGCGGUACCCAAUAUGGACACACACCGGCAGAUUCUGGUGGCAUUUGACCGAAAAUUUGUCGCAGAAGUGUUUGCUGCGAAAAAAACAAUUAUCGCCCUUUAGUUCGUUUGUGACUAGGAACUAUAGCAACGAUACCCUAAAUCUCCCGGCGGCUGCGAGUCUGUUGCAAAAUGAUGAUAAAGGGACGGUCGUGUUGCUCGGCACCGUGCACUUUAGUAAAAACUCCGUGGAGGAUGUAUCCCAGGUAGUGAAAGCAUUGAAUCCUAACGGAAUUCUGGUGGAAUUGUGCCGUCAAAGAGUUUCGUUAUUGGAGCUAGACGAAAAAAAGUUCAUAGAGGAUGCCAAAAAAUUCGACGCAGCCAAAAUGAAACAAGCCAUGAAGGGGCAGAACGUUGUGUCCGGUAUGCUGCACGGCAUGCUUCUCAAGACAUACGCGGACAUAGCGAAGGAGCUGGGAGUGGCGCCAGGCGGGGAAUUCCGCAGGGCCUACCAUGAAAUGCAGAAAAUACCAGGUUGCAAAAUGUAUCUCGGCGAUAGACCCAUCCAAAUAACGAUAGCCAGAGCAUUUCAGUCUUUAAGCGUUUUUGAGCUUGGCCAAGUGCUAUAUCAUUUGACGUCGUCAAGCCAAGCCAAACCGUUAGACAAGCGCGCAUUGGAAAGAUACAAGGAUAAAGACUUCGUGGCAGCUCAGUUUGAGGAGAUCACUCGGGACGUGCCAGCUUUCAAAAAGAUAUUUCAUGUGUUCGUCGACGAACGCGAUCGAUGUCUAGCCUAUUCGUUACAGGAGUGUGUUCGUAAUACUACUAAUCAUGCAAGGGUAUUAGCCGUCGUAGGAAUGGGCCAUGUGGAUGGCAUUACUAAAUACUACGGCCAUAUGAAGCAGGAGGAUAUCCUACCACUUCUUCGGAUUCCACAGCCGCCGUUGUAUUCUGUAUUGUUUUGGAAUGGCCUCAAAUAUACGUUUUAUUUUCUGGUGUUUUCAUUCUUCUACAGAUUGAUAUUUGGUUAAGUAGGCUCCAUUGAGACAGGUUUGUUGAAAAUGUAAAUUUCAGCAGUUGUAAUUAUUUAAGCUAAGUUAUUUAUAAUAAAUAAUUACAAACAAUCA